UCUUGCAAACAAAUGUCUGCUUCAUCUGCAAUGGAGGGACGAAGAACAAUGAUGUUCUUGAAUGUAACUCUGAGUUGCUUUUGAGCUUGAAAGAAGAAAGGGAUAAUACUAGUGUUGGAUUCACAACUGAAUCAUUGAAUUCGUCAGAGAAAAAUGCAGAGAAGCUGAAGUCAGAAUCACCUGCAAUGCAGGAAGCUUCUGUUCAAUCUCAGCCCAGGGUGGAAAGUGAUGAAUAUGAGAUAUUGGAGCAUGAUGUGAAGGUUUGUGAUAUUUGUGGGGACGCAGGCCGGGAGGAUUUGCUUGCCAUAUGUAGCUUAUGUAGUGAUGGUGCAGAGCACACUUAUUGCAUGCGAGAAAAGAUGGAAAAAGUUCCAGAAGGCAACUGGCUAUGUGAAGAAUGCAAAAUUGAUAAUGUAAAUAAAGAUCAAAAGCAAGAUAAAGAAGUUGCGCAGAGUGAUAUUCCCAGAUAUAAACUAAAUAGACAAGCAAGUGUAUUGCCCAAUAGAAUAGAUUCAAUUAGUGGGACAAGCAAAAGGAAAAAAGAUAUUGCGGAUAAAAAGAUCACUGGUAAAAGGCCUGCAGAGAAUUGGAAGUCACCUCAGCUAAGAGAAACAAAUCUUGAACAAAUUCCAAGCACAGGCUUGCCUAUGGUGUCCAGUCUAGCAGAAACAUCCACUCUGUCGAGGGAUUCUUCUUCAGGAAUCUGAAAAGGGAAAAUUGAAGCCAGGCUCAACACUCAUCUUUUGGACCACAACCCAAUAGUUCUGAACCUGCACAUUCCGAUUUUCCGAACAGACAAAUGUCUCGAGGCUCUCUACUGAAGUCUAAUUCAUUCAUUUUGCAAGCUCUAAAUUAGGAGCCGAAAUGUUUCUGAAGUCGUCUCGCAGAAACAUAAAAUAUCAAAAGAACCUGUCCCCUUGAUACGAAGGAAGGACCUGCCAAACAAUGGGAAAAUCAAUGUCAUUCAAACAUGUUCAUCCAGGCGACGUAAAAUCCUCCUGAAUCAAAAGUAGAUGCUAUCAUCUAAGUUCUCUCUGUACUCAGGAUACAAAAGGAUUAAAACAAGUGAAAGGAACAGAGCAUACUUGAAAGGAAGACUUCAUUUAGAUAGAAGGCAAAUGAAUUCUGCCACGGGCAAUUUAGCCGCACCUAUGUUAAAAGGUUGAGACUAAUAUCCUAAUUCUUCUAUGUCUGAAGUGUGCUAAGAGGUGCCUUCAAUAGUUCGCAUAUUUGUCCUUCUCUUUGUAAGAUAUUAAAUAUAGUAUUACAUAUCAACCUGUUCACUGUUUCCAUAUUUUUUACCCCUACAUCUGAGGUUUCUGCUAUUAUGUUAUGUAAAUAUCUUUUUUUGGGUACCAGUUUGUCACUUAUGACUUCUUAUUGCUUCAUAACCAUCUCAAUAGGUGGAAGUCAAAGGGCAGCAAUGUUCUAAUAGGUAGCUGGAGGAUCAUCUGUUAGUGAAUGUGCUACUUUGCUGUGAGCUGAAGCAAAUCAGAGUUGCCUGUAGAGCAUGUAUUGCCAAAUGUUUUCUCCUACUCCCUGAGAACUCGUUUGGUAGCACUAAUGAAGGUAUGCAAUUGCAUUGGCUCGUCCUGGGAUUCUGCAGAUUCUUGGUGAGAGGAGGGAGAAGUCAGUCAAUUACAAGAAACCUAACAUGACUAUUGGGGGGGAAGAAUGUUCCCUGUCAGAGAUGUAAAGGAAUGGGUCAUGCUGCUGAAUCUUGUACUUUUGACAAUCACCAGCCUCUGAUCAUAUUAGUGUAAAUGUCUCAAAAGAAAAGAUAAACGAAGACAACAAAUGAAAGCUGCAAUGAGGCAGUCAUUCUAAAAAACCCUGGAAUAUACAGACAAAAAACGAAUGUCCUGAUCAAUCGAAUGGGUUGACCCCAAACUUGAAUUUAGAUGUGACAUGUAAAGGCAGAUGUCCACACCAAUUAUCUCAAAAAUGAUUCCCUUCUGAUGCCAAUUUGGAUGGUGAGCAAGCAUUGAUUUCUUGAAAACUUAUAUAAUCUGAAACUUCCAAUAAUGUGAUUCCACUCUGCUUAUUACUUCUUCAUUAAUGCAUGGCAUGGAGAACAGUUUCUCAAAGUCUCCUUUUAAAUGUGCAAGUGCCCGCUAGGGCCAUGUCCAAUCUUGUGGUAGCUGCACCAUCUGUCCCUUUGAAGAUAUCAAACUAUACCACAACAUGACUUCGCUUGGAUAGGAGGUCUUGAGAUUCAUAGAAGUGGAAAAUUCUCUGAAUUACGUGAUGGCAUUCAAGGCAUAUAUCAACUUGUGCAUCACCUAAAGUUCUUGAUAUGACAAGGAAGCUCUCCCAAAACAAUUGUAUGAAUGAAGUUCCUCGACUAAGUACAUGGCCAAUGCCAAUUCCAGGAAGCUUGUGCAACAGAAGAUAACAUUGCACUCUAUUUCUUUGCUAAAGAUGUGGAGAGGUACAAUUGCUUUUCCUCCACCAACCUAUACUAAUUUCUUUAGAUUGGAUAUCUCCUUAACAUUUUGUAUCUAUUCAUUAUCCUGCUUGUGUAACAGUUAUGAAAAAAGCUACACGGGUUUACGGAGACCAUGAUUAAAAUGAUCUCGCCCCUCAAGGGAACCUUGAUGGUGUUGAACUCUGAUAUUUCCAUCCAACGGCUUCUCAAGAAUCCCAGCGUAAGAAUUUUGGCCCGUCUCUCAUUGUUUAUAAUAUUAGGUAUUUAGGGUUCUUUAGAAAGUACACAAAUAUACUAGUCACAUUUUUACAUGGGAGGCGGCUAAGGUUUUGAAUCAAUUCUUUCUCAAUUUAGUCAAGAUAUCCAUCACCAAUAUGAAGGCACUUAACACUACAAAUUGUGGUAUACUAAGACUUUAUGCUCUCUUGAAGAGAAAAGAAAGAAAUGCAAGAUUAAGUUAUUCUUGGAAUAGUAUUUGCAUAAUAAUCAGUGUUUAACUUGAUUGAUUAGAUGUAUUCAAGUUCAACACUUGAGGCGCCCCUUCAAACAAUGUACACCAUAUGUAUUAUUUUCCAAGUUGAGUGGCCUACAUGUAUGUGUAUGACAAACACAAACUAGUUGCAUUUUUCUUAUAUGGCGUAUAUGGUCAUACUGCAGUAAAUAGGCAGACAUUUAGGCCCCUGUUAUUAUGGAAAGGUCAACACACUUCUCUAUGAUUUUUUUAGACACAUAAAAAAUAUUAGAGUAUGACAAAUUAGAAGUGAUAAACUAUUUUCUAGGAAAACAUGUCAUCCUUGCCUUCCUUGACUCUUGUGAUGUAUCAUUGAUUGAGCUCAACACUAAUCUCUCUCUACAAGGCGAAUGCUUGAGAUCUGUCUUUUGACCUAUUUUCUGUACAAUCCACUAAGCUGUUUAAGUAAUAUUUUACUUGCAUCGUUUCCAUUAAAUGUCCGUCGAAUUUCCAUUAAAAAGGUAUGAAACCUUCUGGGCCGUGGAGGAGAAAGUUGCACUGUCUGCGAAUGGGCUGCCAUUUGUAAUUGUAUCUGAGCAUAAUAUCAUCAUUUGUGCAUCGUACUUUUGGAUUCCCCGUUGCAACUCUUGACCUCGCCUUCCUCAACUUAUUGUUCCUGCCCCUCCUUGGGCCUCCAUUCUCGCUACUCUUGGUUUGUUUCUUCCAUGAAUUCAAUGGGCAAUAGAGGGACAGAGAGAGAACAAAAGGGUUGAACGAAUGGGGUUGGAUCUGGUAGUGCGAGGCUUGUUUGCUAGGAUUUUAAACAUUAUUUAGAAAAAAAAGUAUCAUUACUAAAAUUGAUGGAGUGUGGGUGAUUUUCGAUAGUUACGGGCAAAUUGAGCAGAAUAUUAGUUCAGUGGGAAAAUUGAGAAUUAGCGUUAUGUUCCUUGGACAAAUUGAGCUUUUUUUCCUAAAAAUAAUAUAUAUUAUCUCGAAUAGUAUUCUUUUCAGGUUUUUUCAUGCUUUCAGCAUCAAAAUCUGAUAUAUGUUGGAAGUCUAUUUGCCAUUCGGUAUUAUUAUGACUGUUAUGGUACAGGGGAUACUUAAAUCACCAAGUUGUGGUGCAUUUUAGAUCAAUUAAUGCAGGGUUAUAAAAAAGUAUAUUUUUUAACUUUUUGAGAUGUUUUAUUAUUAUGACAUCACCCUAAGUUUUGUUUACAAUAUUUCAACUCCAAAAGUGCUCUUUGAAUUUUAUCACUGCAAUUCAUAGUGUUCUUAUUUUUCCCUCAACUUUUGCAGGUUGGAAUUUGAUGUUCUUUCUUUGGGGAGUUUUUUAAAGGGAAGAGAACGAAUUCUUUGGAAAAAAAAUCGUGGUUUUUCCAACUGAUUUAGUAAAUCAAGGAGCUACUGAUACUCUGACUUCUCCUGAUAAUCUUAAGUCAUCUGAGCUUAUUGAGAAGGAUUUGCCUGUUUACGUGUUACACUCCCCUAAAAUUCCCCUCCUAAGAUGCAGAUGCAAACAAGCAUUCCCUUGUCACGGGUAAUUGGGAUGGCACUAGCACUGCUACUAGAACUCUGACUUCUCCUAAUAAUCUGAAAUCAUCUGAGCUUAGUGAUAAGGAUGUGCAUGUUUACGUGGCAUACUCCCCUAAAAUGUCAUCUCCUAUGAUGCAGACAAGCAUUCCCUUGUCACGGGUAAUUGGAGGCACUAGCACUGCUACAGAUACUCUGACUUAUCUUAAUAAUCUGAAAUCAUCUGAGCUUAUUGCUAGGAUUUGCUGUUUACAUGUCAUACUCCCCUAAAAAGUCACCUCCUAUGAUGCAGAUGCAGACAAGCAUCCCUUGUCAGGGGUAAUUGGAGCUCUAGCACUGCUAUGGUGAGUUAUUUCUUGUGCAUUUGAUAAUUAAAUAACAGGAAUUUCAUCUCUUUCUAUGUGAAGAUUCCUUCUCGUUUCUGUGGCGAGUACUUUAUAACUUAAAAGUGUCAUGUUCCUAAUACAUCCAUUUCUACCCUAAAGUGACGCCAUUACUCUUUGUAAGGCAAAAACCUACCCCGGAUUUAUAUUUGCUCCCAUUAGACAACUUUCAAGUAUUAAACAACCAAUCAUAGGCCUUCUUUUGAUCUAAGCAGCUUAUUUGAAUAAACUAGUAGUUAUUUACAAUGCAAAUAACCUGGUUUGAUGUAGGUUAUUGACAUUUUUUUAUUUGGGUAAAAAUACAUCAGGGUGUAGAUAUAUAAUGAAUAAAUAUAUAUAGAUUGUUGAUUGGUUAGUGGGUUAUUUGGAAAACAAGGUAUGCGGAAUUACAUUUGACGAUGUACAAGUAUAGGGUUUAGGAUUUCUAUUAUAUACUAAACUUUAUAUCUCUUUGGUUGAAAUUGAUAUCCUUCUAGGACUUAUGCAGGAAGUACAGCAUGCAGAUCCUAAAGAACAGCAAGAGUCUUAUUCCACCUUCUAGAAGUAAUAGCGGUUAUCAAAGAUCGAGAAGAUGAUUCCAUUAAAGAUUAGAGGUUUGAAUCUCAUAAGACAUAUGGAAGACAGACACAAUUCAAGAGGAGAGAACAACAACAACCACAGAUCAUAAAGGAGGAAUACCAUAAUAACAAUUGGCAGAUGAACCACAAGAACUACCAUUUCCAAACUGCACACUCAUCAUCGUCGUCAUCAACUUUGAAUGAAACUGAAACUGCUGAAAGACACUUCUUUCCCAUGAACCCACAACCCGUGAAAGAUUUUACUCGCUCGAGUUCUCGAUUUAAAGUUGACGAUAGUUUUCCCAGAUUCUCGAGCUUGCUUUAGGUGCUUCCCGAAGUCAUAAAACCAAAAGCAGCAUCAUGGACUGUUACCUUUCUUAUCUACAAAAGUGAGGAACAGUUCGUUUUGGAAAGGCAGAGGAGAAAAAGGGAGGAGGAUUCGUCCGCUUCUCUUUCACUAUCGCUCUCGUUCAAAUACCCUGACGAUGUUAAAGUGGCGAAACGAGGCAGAAUAUGAAAUCUUCUUCACUUCCCCCUCACAACAAGUAGAAUGGAUUUAAGGUUGCAGACUGCAGUCAUAUGUACAGUUAUUAGCUUUCCUUCUUAUGGCAGAGAACUUAACGUCGUCGAAUAUAUACAUAUAUAUAGCGUACUCCCCUCUUAUCUCUCGCUAUGUCUUGCGAUCGGAUAUUUAUACUUUUUCUCGUUGUGUCUUUUCUUGCUUGUGACUACUUUUGGUGGUUGUGUCGAUAACGGCUAUUGUACAUAAUAGGAGGAUCCGAACUUUUGAGAUAACAGCAAGAAUCCUUUUCUUUAACUAUUGA